GUUCAGCAAACUUUGUUUAGAUUUGAACAGAAAUCGCACGAAAAUGUCCAACAUUCAGACAUUCGACAGCUCGACAACGUUAAGAAUAUGCGAAGAAGGAUACGACAUGACGAAACAGGAGUAUUAUUCAAAAAAGAGAUGCACUUUCUCGUGCUGUGACUGUUUCCAUAAAAAAUGUGCUUUUCGCGUGUGGCAUAUUCUGCUAUUCCUGUUUAUAAUAAUCGUCAUUAUUGGUGCACUAGUAGUUAUAAUCGCAAUGUUUGGCCCUGCCAGAAGUCCAGAUAUGAAAUACUCGAAAAGAAUCGGAUCAGACACUCCUGAAGGCGGCUGUAAAGGUGCUGAAGAGUCCACCACAGUACCAACAGAAUCUUCUGGCACAACCAAAGAAACGGACGAAAAACCAUCAACUGCUGCUCUAACAACCACAGAAAAACCAUCAAUUGCUACUCCAACAACCGCGAAAAAACCAUCAACUACUGCUCCAACAACCACCGAAGAACCAUCAAUUGCUGCUCCAACAACCACGGAAAAACCACCAAUUGCUGCUAAAACAACCACAGAAAAACCAUCAACUGCUGCUAAAACAACCACAGAAAAACCAACAACUACUGCUAAAACAACCACAGAAAAACCAACAACUACUGCUCUAACAACCACCGAAAAACCAUCAACUGUUGCUCCAACAACCACUGAAAAACCAACAAGUGCUGCUCCAACAACCACCGAAAAACCAACAACUACUGCCGCAGUUAUUGCUAUUGCUGCAUCAACUGCUGGGCCAACAACGGCAGCACCGACCACGGACCCCCAAAGAAAUAUUUUAGAGUGCGACACAGCCAUAGUUGGAGCAGGUGCGGGUGGCUUAUUGGUGGCAUAUUCACUUUUUGACAAGACUAAUGAAACAAACGUCUGCGUCUUCGACACAGAGGACAGCGUUGAAAACAUUUAUGACCAUGUUUUUCCCCAAGUACCGGAUGUUGUAGUUGGCUUAGGGCAGUGGGACAUUUCCGCUGACAACUAUGCAGAAAUGGACCUUUUAAAUCAUUUAUUCAACUACAAUGACGUCUUGUGGAAUCCAAAAACUAAACACGUCGAAGCUCGUGGACAGUUUGCUAAUAGCUUUGAUGAUUUGAAGUUAAAUGCCUUUCCAACUUUACGGGACCGUGCACCACUCAGGAAUCAGACACUCAUGGAAACUGCAGCUUUCAUAUAUAAUAAUCAGAGAAAUUUCACGCAGUUCUCAACCGCAGAGACUUUCCUUUCGUACGAAUUGUCCCCGGAGGGAACCAAGCUUAUGGCAGAAAAUUUCGGCUUCAAAGGUGACUACAUGCAAGCCAUAAAUCCAAUGAGUUAUAGAGCUUAUCUUAAGAAAGAAGAGUACGUUACCUCCACAUCAUCAGAAGCGAGAAGGCCCCCUAAUUCCAAAGGAAUGUCCGAAAUCGUCAAAGAGCUCACCAAAAAAGUGGAAAGUGGAGGCGGUAAACUUUAUCGUAAAGAGACAGUUGCUUUCAUCACCAAAGAGGGAGAUAAAUUUCUUCUUCAAACUACCAAAUUAACUGUGAAAGCCAAUAAAACAGUUAUCACCGUUGGACCAGCUGCUCUGAAGAAGAUCGAAGGUGACGUCAUUCGAAAUAUUACAGGUCAUCAAAUAUUUGAAUCAAUUGUUGGUGUGCCUGCUUUCUAUGGAGCAGCGGUAUAUGAUAAACCAUGGUGGAAUGAUACAACUGCCACUCAAAAGAGCAACAACUUGGAGCCUUUGGAGAAGUUCAUAUCCAGCAGUGACUGCUUGGGAAUUACCAUGCCUUACAAUGGUAAUGGAACCAGCGGAAGAGCUGUCUUGCACACAAUAGCUAAUAACGGAGGAUGCAGCGAUAAGUGGGGGAAACUUCUGGAGAUUUCUAAAUCCAAUGAUGUUAUCGACAAAGAACUGAAACGCGCUCUGAAGUACAAGUUUCAACGUGAUAUUCCCGAUCCUUUGGAGACUACGUAUAAAUAUUGGCAGGAAGGGUUUUGGUUUUUUCAGAAGCCUGGGGCCAACUUUAACUCAACAACCAUUCGGCAGUGGGCGAGACGACCGCUGAACGGACAAGAUGUGUUCUUAGUGAACAGAGCGUAUUACGAUUUCGGUGGAUAUCUGGAAUACACCAUACGAUCUGCUUUUGAGGCCGUGCAAGAGGGUUGGAAUUCACAGCUUGUAAUUGAUAUAUACGAUCCGUAAAGGCGCUGAAUACUUAGAUUUUCUGGUUGAUAAUGAUGGCAUGUAAAGAAAAUCAUGGUUUUGUAAAAUAGUUAACAUAGAUUAGAAAUGUUAGUAGUUUGUACGUUUAGAGGCGCUAGCUUUUUUUUAAUGAGAACCGUGUGAAUUUUAAGUCAUGUCUUAGAAGACAUUGCGACACCACGUGAGAAAUCAAAAUGAGAAAAGUGAAUUAAGAACCAUUUAGGUAAAAGGAGACUGGGUCAAAAAGUUUGCCGAAAGAUAUCGACUUCUUCCUCGGAAAAUGCCUUAUAAUUCCAAAAAUAUACAGAUAGCUUCGAAUCAGUUUUGGAAAUAUUGAUAAACUUUUUAUUCUGAUAUAUCUCUCUAUUUACGUCAAUAACGAUCAUUUUUUUCCCCGAUUAUUUUUACUGAAGUAUUGCAUGAGGCUUUGUCGAGUGUCAGUAUACAUAGAAAACAAUCAGUGUGAUCUCCAUACAUUUAUAAAGAGAUGUCAAACUAAUUUGUUCGUUAGGGAAAGAAGAAAAACGUUUUAGAGUAUAACUGAUAGAUUUAAAUAGGUGAUAAAAUAUUCUUGUUCGUUACU